AUGGAUGUAAUCUUUCCUGUCGCCUCACCAAUAGUCAUCGAAGAUCUUCUCAAUGCUUGUUGGAUUUCAUAUUGGCAGCCAUAUGGACUUUUAUUCAAUCUUAAACAUGUCAUUUGGGAAGAUGAAUCUGUUGAAUUCGUUCGUGAGAGUAUCAUAGCUGAGCAUAAAGAACAGCAAAAACUUGCUGUUGAAUGGAUGGAAGAUGUGAUUACAAAUCCAAUCUAUGAUUAUAUUCAUUCGAACUCGGCUGUAGCAAAACCAUUUUCGGCUUAUACAUUAUUAAAUAGACCAAGGCAAACUUUAUUAAAUAUAACAGAUCAUAUUGUUAUCUCAAUACUGUAUGGUAAACAGGAUACAGAUCAUCGAGAAGGAAAAUUUUAUAUAGGCCAAAUUCUUUACCAUCUUUUGAGAUAUCAUCACCCACGUUUUCUCAUAACCCUAUGUGAAAAUAAUAAUACAAAUGAAGAUAUAUCCCAUGGUAUCAAUGUCAUUCGAAACUUAUUUCCUGUUUUCAUCGUUAAUAGUGUACCAAAGCCAUCAGCACCCGACGUAAAUACAUAUGAACGAGAGAAACAAGCACAUCUACAAUGCAUUCUUGCAAACUUUCAAUCAUUUCCAAAUCUUAAUCAUCUUCUAUUACUUCAAGAUGAUGCUGAACCAAUUAGCAAAGAUUUUACCUAUCAAUUAACUCGACUGAUUGAUGAUCGUGUUCAACAACAAUGGCCAUCAAAUAGCCGUCAGAAACAGCAGCCAGCAUUUAUUAAAAUUUACCAUCCGCGAUGGUUAAUUAGUUAUUUAAACCCAUCCAUUUAUCUGAUAAUUCAACUUCUAACAACAAGUUUUCUACUAACAUUCAUUGGAUACUAUUCGUAUAAAAUUUUGAUUAAAAGAAGAACUCCGUUGAAAUCGACUGAGCAUCAAUUGUGUUUACGACUAGCAUUUCGCAAUAUUAUCUUUCUUCCGAGGAUGGUUACUCGAACUAGGAUCUGCUGUCUUGCUUAUUUCUUUCUCAUAAUUAUCAUUCUUAUUUUAAUUGAUCAUACAAAUUUUGCCUGGUCGUGGCGUUCAUUGCAUCCGUCACUUUACGCAAUUUAUCCUGCACCAUCAUGUUGUUUGCCCGGAGUACUCUAUUUCGGACAAACUUACACUCAAGUUGUUGACUAUUUAAAUCAAGUAGAAUGCCAUAGAAAAUAUGCUAUCGAUACAGCAUUUGAUGAUCUACCACGACGUACCAAUCUACGAACAUAUCUUGUCGAACCAAAUUUAGUACAUCAUAUCGGUCUUUAUUCGAGACUUCGACGAUCGUAUAUUAACCCGUUUUUACUCGACUGA